AUGACCCUAUCACAAAUCCGUUUUCUUGAUGUGAUGGUUAUUAAGGACAACACCUCCCUCUCUACAGAUCUCUAUAGGAGACCUACGGACCGGAACACCCUCCUUGGAGGUGACAGCUUUCAUCCACCUCCACUUAUUAAAAGUCUCUCUAUAAAGUCGAUUCAGUCGCAUCAGAAUAAUAUGCAGCUCUGAUGCUUCUUACCUGAAACAGACCACGGACCGAGACACAGAGGUUUAAGGAAAGGGGGGUACAAAGACAAUUGGGUAAAGCGUGCCAAUGAUCGUUCUGAAGGACUAACACAGUUGGAAAAGCCUUCAACCAAAAGUUAAAGAAAAAACAGAACGUGUCCCGUCAUGCUUCACCCAAUACUCACCAUUGGGGAAGGCAUUUAAGGACAUUAUCAGGAAGCACUGGUACAUUAUUGAUACUGACCCACAAUUGAAACCCAUUUUUAAAUAUCCACCACGUGUGGUCUUUAAAAAGACCCCCAAUCGUGAGAGACAUUGUGGUUAAAUCUGAUUACCCACCAGAGAAAAGGGAAACUUUCUUGGACAAGGUUCCUGAGGGUAAUUACAAAUCUGGCCAAUGUGUUCAAUGCAGCUUCACGUACAAAUGCAACUCAUUUACCCACCCUCACACAGGACAAAGAUUUAAGAUCAAAGGCCUGAUUACCUGCAUGUCCACCAAUGUUGUUUACAUGUUGAAAUGUCCUUGUGGUCUGUUUUACAUAGAGAAAGCCCGCAGAAGCCUUAAGACACGGAUC